AUGUCGAACCUUAAAUCUCUUUUCCAGCCCCUCAAACUCGGCCCUACCACCCUCAGGAAUAGGGUCUUCAUGUCCGCUUUGACACAGAAUCGUUCCAUCCCCACGAACGUCCCCAAUAGGGGUGCUGGCUUGAUUAUCACAGAAGGCAUCCUCGUCGCUCAGCAAGGUACUGAAUGGCAGAAUGCUCCUGGUAUCUGGUCUCAAGAGCAGGUCAACGGAUGGAAAAAGGUCACUGACACCGUACACGAAGAGGGAGGCAUGAUUUUUGCUCAGCUUUGGCAUUUUGGACGCAUAAGCCACCCCGAUGCGCCUGAACAGAUUGCCUCAGGACUCCCCGUCUACGCACCUUCAGCAAUCUCUGCCCGAGGAGGAAAAUUCUGUUUCCUUCCAGGCGAGCCAGGCUACAUCACCCCUACUGCAAUCGACGACCCUCGCACUCUGCUUGCCCAGUGGAAGCAAGCUGCCAUCAACGCGAAACAGGCGGGGUUUGAUGGCGUAGAGAUCCAUGGCGCGAACGGGUACUUGAUCCACCAGUUCCUCGAUAGCACGUCGAAUCACCGGACAGACCAAUGGGGCAGGAGCGCUGAGAAUAGAGCUCGGUUCCCUCUUGAAGUCAUCAAGAUCGCAGUGGACAUAUGGGGUGCAGAUAGGGUCGGUAUCAAGUUGAACCCCGCCGGAGGGUAUAAUGAUGUCGGAAUGCCGCUUCAAGAGACGUUGGAUACGUUCUGGUACCUCAUCUCAGAGAUUGACAAACUCGGAAUCGCCUACAUUACGCUCAUGCGGUAUGCAGAGCAUCUCGAUCCUGUUAUUGACGGGGUUCAGCGCAUGACAAAGCAUGAUGUCCUCGAAACGUAUACCCCCUUGUUGAAGAAUCCGGCUACGAAAGUAUUCGCAAAUGCGUUGUUCACGGGUGAGGAGGCGGCGCGAUAUGUUGAAGACAAGAAAGUGGAUGGGGUGUUCUUUGGUAUUCCUUGGGUGGCGAACCCUGAUUUAGUGAAGAGGUUUGAGAAAGACGUUGCGCUGGAAGGGAAUAUUGAUUUCAUGACGCUGUAUGGGCAUGGAGGAACGGAGGUGGAUGAGAGGAAAGGGUAUGCUGACUAUCCUGCAGUGGCAUCUUAGAUAUCU